AUGCGGCGUUAUAAUUCCGAAAAUGAUGUAGCAUGCUUGGAGGGCUCAGUAACCAAUGAUUCCGUUAUUAUGUACGGUGAUAGUUUAAGGAGCCUUCCAGACGUAUCUAUACACAAUAGCUCAAGGAUGAUUGAAUUAGAAAUGCAAAUUGAACAACUAAAACAAACUCUUCAAGCUGCUAAUACAGAAGUAGAUAAUUUGAUAUUGCAGAACAAUGACUUGCAAAGGGAACUAGAAAACUGCCAGAUGGUGAUUAAAUCACUAAGAGCUAUACAAACUUUAGGACCUGAAAAAAUACGCGGUAUGUCACCCAAGCCAGCUAGCAGUUUAAACAAAACAUAA